GCAAAGGUAAGCCAGGUAACGGCUUGAGCCCACUCAUUUUCCGCUAUAAAGUUCCAUGUAGUUGCUGCAGGGAUAUCAUUUGCAAAGUAUCAGCCAUCGAUAUGAAGUGUCUGUUAUUAAUUUUAUUCGCUCUGCUUGCCACUGCUAUGGCCUUGCCACAACCUGCUGGCGGUUAUCGACCAGGAUAUGGCGGAGGACAUGGUGGUCAUGGCAAGGGCGGAGGACAUAAUUACGGCGGUGGCGGCUCUCAUCACGGACAUGGCAAGGGAGGAAAUCAUGGUGGAGGCGGACAAGGACAUCAUCAUCAUCACCAUCACUAG